AUGAACGAUAACCCUGGCCAACGACCUGGUCAGGUGGGCCGGAGCAAGAAUCAAGCUCUUAACCAUUUCUCUAAGGCUGAUGCAGGGAAGGGAAAGUUAGCCCGGUGGUUUAACACGGUGGAUUAUGGCAUAAGAUGGCCGGAGAAGGAGAAUCGUGCUGGACUAAACUUCCACGGAAUGUUCAUGAGUACAGGCCUGGUGUUUUUCCAAGGAGAAGCGCUUCUUUCUUAUCGAAUGUAUCGGUACGACUGUAAAAUCCUGUCGAAAUUUGUUCAUGUUGUAUUUCACGUGUUGGCGAUCGCAUUCUUCACCACUGCUUUCGCUGCUAUUAUCAUAAAUAAAAAUCUGCACGUGAGUCGGAACUUCGUUUCUAUAAUGUUUGUAUGA